AUGAAACGUUCAAUCGUAGAAUCUAUUCUUUGCAAAGAAACUUCUAAGCAGAUUUGGGAUUUUAUGAAGAAAAAAUAUCAAGGCUCUGCUAGAGUGAAGCGUGCACAACUUCAAGCCUUGAAAAGGGAUUUUGACACUUUGCAUAUUAAGAAAGGAGAGUCCGUAACGAGUUACUACACGAGAAGAAUGGAAAUCAGCAACGAAAUGCGAUUCCAUGGUGAGGAGAUGAAAGACGUCAAAAUUGUUGAGAAGAUAUUGCGCUCUUUGACACCGAAGAUCACAAAUCGCAGCUCAACUUCCGAAGAGCAAGCUUUGAAGGCCUAUACUUAUAUUUCUUCCAAUCCUAGAGGAAAGGUAAGAGGUAGAGCAAGAGGAAUAGGAAGAGGGAGAGGAGAUCAAGGAAAUAGAGAUGGAGUCAAUGAAGAUGGCAACAGGAACUGA